CACGCUAGUAGUAACAGGUGCCUUACUAUAUAGUAGUAACAAGACGCUACUAGUAACGUUUCUCUCAUCUCUCGACAUGCUUGACAAAAGACCACUCAACAAUGACGGCCAACGAAAUGUACCGACAGCACCUUUUUGCUUUGGGCAUCGCGCCAGUGGUCGAAGCACCACUGUCAUUAGAACAUUCGAGAUGUUAUUCAACCAGACAUGCCGUGCUGGCACCUUAGGAUAACAAAGGCACUGGACAUGCCUGAAAAGCAUCUUCAGCUGCAACGUUGCCCCAAAACUCCCCACAUGUUGCUAUUCUCAAAUCAAAGUUCAUCUGCUUGGUAAACAUCUUCUGCUUGGCGCAAAAAGUUGGCGCCGGGUUUGCGAUUGCCUCUGGAAACACUUUUGGUAUGACUCCACCGCUCCAAGUACAAAUGUUUGUAAGAUUCCGGUGUCACAAACAUCGUUAAAAUGACACUUGGGCGUGCCAAGCAGUACAGAAUCGUGACAUGGGCAGGCCUUCACCUGCUUCGACAGGCCGAAGACGAAGGACCAAAAAUGGCUGAAAACGUGCAAAAUGUUUGAAAAAUGGUUGAAACUAAAAAUGCUUUGAGGUUCAAGGCCAACUGCUUCUCAGUUGCACAUGGUCGAAGCCCGAGAAUCAGAUCAUGCACGGUCGCAAGAGCGAUUUUUUAUUCGGACUUCAACGGUCAAACUGCUCCACUUCGCUAUCCGAACGCAAAGUCUAGAACGUUUGAAAAGCAAAAGGAGGUGCAAAACGGAAAGAGUUGCGCAAGUCUAGCAACUUUUUGGAUAAUUUUUCGCUAUCCAAAUGCAGUUUGGAGCGAAGUUGAUGCAACACAACACGGGAAGUCGAUCCAGUUGAUCCAGCGAUGGCUUGUUGCGCAGUCAAAAGAGGAGUAGGGCAUUCGAAGAGGCCUGCCGAUGUUAAAAACAUUUGCUAUAUAUUUGUGCAAGGGCCGCAAGGAGCUACGCUUUAAGCUUCUGUGUGUCUUGAGUUAAGGGGCUAUGCAGCAAUGCAUAUAUCAAGGGACAAGAAAGAUGAUGCAAAUCAUGCCCUCCAGACACUUGGGCAAUUCCCCGUUUCCUCACCAUCUUGAAAAUUGGAAACCAGCUUUGCUCAUCACAUCUCCACAGGACUAACGCUGCAGUGUCACACGCCACAAACUGAAACCCCGACGCCGGAGUUUGAGCGCACAAGCUGGUAGCGAGGCUCACGACGGGGGCGCCUGUCGAAGGUUCACCCCAUGUGUUCAAAAGCCGUGAACUAGCAAGGACGCCACUAGGAGCUCCUGGCCUUACUGCUAGGAACAAGAAGCUACCAGGGACUCCUGACAUCGCUACUAGGAGCAAGGACGCUACUAGGGGCAAAGGGCAUCGCUAUUAGGAACAAGAAGCCUCAUUUCACCUUUUCACGGCAAGACAGAAAUCGAUCAGCGUCCUUGCUCCUAGUAGCAAGGCCAGGAGCCCCUAGUAGCGUUCUUGUUCCUGCUUUGCAAACCUUCAGUACACCUUCAGGAUGACUUUCUGAGCUUUGCAAACCCCUUGCAAGCUCUAGGCUGAGGCUGCACCCUGGGCGCACUCGAAUUUGGAACGCGCACUUUCUGAGAGGCACAGUUGACAUUUUGGUCUCAACUGGCGGCCUGGUCAGCUGAGAAUCAAAGGAGAUACCUGACGCGAUACCUGAUGCGAUGCCAGCACUCCCAUCAUGGCAUUCACCCAGUCUAUGUGUUCAAUACGUACAGCUUGCGCUACACGCAUGCCUCACAACUCCCCUUACAUGAUUCAGUUGUUGCUCAUACCCAGGCUCCAUAUAUGACACGGCC